CGCUAAAACUAAGCGCUAACUCAUCUUCUCCUUCCCGCUUCUUCUAGGGUUUUACAUAUAACAAUAAUUUUCUGAAACUCUUACCAGAAACAAGGGUUUGUUAUUUAUUGGCGGGAGCUGAAUCCUUAAAAAUAAAUACAAAUAAGAGAUUGUUUCUUUCUAUUGAGUUCUUUAAAGGAAAGAUUCAUGGCGUAUUCUCAAGCACGAGACUUCAUGUUCUGUAACUUGUGUGGUACGAUGCUGUCUUUGGUUUCACCUAAGAUUGCUGAAUGCUCUUUGUGUAGAUCUAAAACUAGUGCUAAAGGUAUUGUGGGACGAGAAAUCGGCUACACACUCACUGUUGAGGAUAUCCGGAGAGACCUUGGCAUCUCACAUGCUGCGGAAGAGAUGACGACAAAAGAAUCAGCUGCGUUGAUCAAGCAGACUUGUAAAUCCUGUGGAAACGCAGAGCUUGAGUACACUACCCGACAAAUGAGAUCAGCAGAUGAAGGGCAGACUGUAUUCCUUGUAUGCCCGAAGUGUAAAGCAAGGGAUACCGAAAAUUGAGUCUCUCUCAUCAACUUUCUAAAGCUGCAAGGGAUCGCCAAGAAGAGCAGAUGAAGCCAUGAAGGUUAAGAGAUGACCUUAUCUUAUAUUGGAAAUAUCACGUCAUUAAACAAAAUUUUGUUCUAUUGGAGAUGUGUAGAAUACGUUGGUAAGUUUUGCUAUUAAAUCCCUUAGGCAAUUUUGAUAUAGGGAUCUGUAAUGCUAUGGUUCAUAGAAAUAGAAUAGCUUGGUACUUAUUUACCUGACCUGGACUUGAGAGAUGAGAGGUUGGUUUUGGACGUUGAAAGAGUAGUACUACUCGAGAAUCAAAUUUCCAUGUAUACUAGCUAUCUGGCUUGAUUGGGGGCUUAUUUUAAUUAGUUUGUUUUGCAAGUUCCAA